AUGCCUGACAUCGCCAGGCUUCUGGCAUUCCUGUCCGCAUCUCUCCUCCUCCUGAUCGCUGGCUCCCUGCCGAUCACGCACGCGCAGCAGCCCACUUACAACCGACGCGCCAUCGACUCGGCGAGCGCACAACCGCCGAGUCCAAGGCGCACUGCGUCGCUCUUUCGUGCGGCAGCGCUCCUGGACAGCGGCGAGCAGACCGUCACGGCGAACAUUUGGAAUAAUUUGGGCGUCGCGCUCAUGCGCGCCGCGUACAAGAAAAAAGCUGACCCGACGCACGCCAUUUGGUCGCUCGCGGCCUUUGAGCUGUCCCGCCGUCUCGACCCUCUCGACCGGCAGCCGGUCGCCGACGAGAAUCUGGCAGAUCUCGCGAGCAAGGUGCCGGCGGUGGCGGCUCUCCUCGCCAACCGCCCGCGCGGCUACUGGCAGCCGUCCCCGCUGCUGCCGACGAGUUCCGUGGGAGAGCUGGCCCUCUCGCACGCCAAGGCCGGCCGCGAGGACGAGGCGCUGCUCUUCCUCUGGCAGUCGCUGCAAGACGCGGACCAGCACGCCCCGGCCGCGUGGCUCAACUUGUGUAUCGUGAUGAGCAAGGCGCGCAAGUGGCUGCAGCGUGACCCGCGGAGCUUUCACAACGCGACCGCGGUGGCGCACGCCGCAUGCGAGCACGCGCACGAGCUCUACAAGAAGGACGGCACGCCGCUUAUGCGCGACGGACGUCCGCCGGCGGUGGCCGAGAACAAGGACGUCUUCGACAGCCUGCGCGAGCAGCACGCGUCCGACCCGGAGAGGCGUGACCACCUCGCGCACGCGAAGCGGGUGGUGCAGGGGCACUGGGUUGCCCUCAAGACCGACCGCUGGCAGCUGCGUAAGAUGCUCUCCGAAGGAAUCAUGCCCGCGCCCGCGUCCAGCGACAGGAGCAGCAGGAGCAGCAGGAGCAGCAGCGGCAGCAGCAGCGGCAGCGGCCCCACCCGCCGCCUUGCGUACGUGCUCGGGCUCCACUCUGAGGCGGUGCUGCUGAUGCGCGUCUUCGGACGGCGCAGCCCACGGCUGAAGCGGGAGGCCCUCGCGUACGUGCGCGCCGCCUCGGAGGCCUCGGGUCUCUCUCGCGCCCUCACGGCCGCGGCGGAGGGCGGCGGAAGCAAGGAUGCGUUCGGGCGCACGUACAGCUUUUGGCCUGCCGCGGACGCAGAGGCGCUGCUCGAGAUCGUCAAGAGGGACGCGACCGACCCGCGACUUCCUAACCCGCUGCUCACCGCCACGCACGGCCUCAUCGCGCUGGCGGCCGCGCACGACGCGACGGCCGUGCGCGCGCCCGACGCGCCCGCGCUGCGAUCCGAGGCGCGCGCAGCCUUCACCCUCACGCGAGCCCUGAGUCCGGUGGACGAGGUGGCGGCGGUGGGCAUGAGGGAGCUCGAGCAGCUCAUGGCCACGGCAGCGGCGGCUGCUGCGAGCGGCAGCGGCAGCAGCACGGCGGGGGCGGAGGAGGAGGACGAGGCCAGUCUUGCAGGAGCAGCGUACGACUUUGACGAGGCGCACGUGGCGGGCACUGACGAACUGCACGCGCGCCUCCGGCGCUUCCUGGCGAUGCAGCGGCGCGCUGCCGCGUGGGUCGCUGGUGAGCUGGCCGGAGACGGCGAGGAGCCAGAUGCGCCGCCGCGUGUGCUGCUCGCGGCGCUGCCCAACGUGGGGUUGGGCAACCAGGCGAUCGUGGCGGCCUCCUUCAUGGCUCACGCGCUCCUCACCGACCGGGCGCUCUUCUUCCUCAGCCCCGACCUGCAGUGCUCCGACUCCGAGGACGGCGACGACCGCGAGGGCAUCCGCUCGCACAACGCGCUGCUGUGCGACGCCUUCGACCUCGUGGGCGAGCAACGGGGCCGCCCUCUCUGGAGGCUCGUGGACGUGCUCGAGCGCUCAAAGGCGCCCGGUCGGAUGGCCAACCUUCACGCGCUCGUCGAGCCCGCCACGGUCGGUGGUGGCGGCGGCAGCGCGGCGUCCAAUUAUCGCGCGCUGCGGCUGCGGCCGCUUCCCGGCCAGCCGCAACCUGCUCCCGGCCGCUACUCGACGGUCGAGCACCUCACUUGCUCUGCCGACUCGCCGCCGCCCUCUUCGGACGCGCCUGCUCCAGGCCCCCGCGUUCUGGCCCUCAAAACGCCGCUCUGGUACGUUCCACUCCUCGAGCUGAACGGGCACGGCUUUCGAGAGGACAUUGCACGCCUCUUUUCGCCCAGCGGCGCGUACGUGGACGGCCUCUCGCUCGAGCUCACCGGCGCCGAUGCCAAGGGGGAGGAGGUGAUGCGCGACAUCUUUGGGCCGCUGCUGCGCUUCCUGCUGCCGCCCAAGCGUGCCAUCCUCCGCGAGGCCCGAGCCUUCCUCCGCCAGCACUCCCUCAUCGCCGGCGCGGCCGGCGACGCCGCGGCGAGUGGCGCGCGGGAGCUCAUGGCGGUACACGUGCGCGUGCAGGACUCGACGCGCGACAUCGCGGAGGCGGGCAGGGCCUCGUAUGCGCGCCUCGAAGCCUCGAUCAAGCGCUGCGUUGCGAGUCGCGUCGCGAACCUCACCGGCAUUAGCAGCAGCGGCGCCACCAGCGCCACCAGCACCGCCGCAGCAGCGGCGGCGGCGCCCGCACCAAAACGCGUCGGCGUGCUGGUGGCAUCGGACAAGGCAUCGCUGCGCACACGCCUCGUGGCCGGCUUCCGCGCGAGUGCCGGCGUGGCCGCGGCCGGCCACUACGCGCCGCCCGCCGGAUCCUUCCUGGGCGACGCCGCCUCUCGCAACACGGCUAACGGCUGGAGGACGGCCGCCGUCGAGCUGCUCGCGCUGGCGCACGCGACGCACUUGCUGCAGGCGGGCAACCACGCCUUCUCGUCGUUUGGCAUGACGGCGGCGCACUUGCUGCCGCACGAGACGAAGCAGACGGCGCUCUCGCACCCGUGCGACGAGGAGUGGGGCGCCGCCGCGGGCGAGGCAGAGUGCAUUGCGCAGGAGCAUCCGCAGCCCUGGCUCAAUUUGCGAUGGCCCGUCCUCGACAGCGCGGCCGAGCGCAAGCGCGUCGGCUGCACGCUCAGGGAUGCCAAUGGCGUCGCGAUGCCGCUCGUCCACAGGCUGCAGGCAAGGGGUGCCAUGGAGCUCAACUGCCCCGAGCUGCAUGCGAUGGCGAGGAGGCAGAAGCUCUUCCGCAACCAGCAAAAGGAGGAGUUGUAG